AUGGAGCAAGGAGGUUGGAUUCCCGUGGUGAAGCAGAGGCAAGGCAGAGGAGCAUGGAGCAAAAGUUCAACGAAGGGCUGGUUCACUGUGUUUGUGGAUAAUCUACCACACUCAUUGGACCUUAAAGGUCUGUUCAAACUUUUCACUAAGUUUGGAAUAGUCAAGGAUGUAUUUAUCCCACAAAAGAGGAGGAAGGCAACAAACACAAGGUUUGGAUUCAUGAGAUUCGAUUGCUCGGUUGCAGCAAGCAUAGCAGUUCAGAAAGUUAAUGGGUUGUGGGCAUUAUUUUGGUGUACAUUAUUAUUAUUAUUAUUGACAUUGACAUUACUAGAACUCAAUUUGGCAGGAGACAUACACGGGCAAUACCCAGACCUCCUCCGGCUCUUCGAAUACGGGGGUUUCCCGCCAGACUCGAACUACCUCUUCCUAGGCGACUACGUCGACAGAGGCAAACAAAGCAUCGAAACAAUCUGCCUCCUCCUCUCUUACAAAAUCAAAUUUCCCGAUAACUUCUUCCUUCUCCGAGGCAACCACGAAUGCGCCUCCAUCAACCGCAUCUACGGCUUCUACGACGAGUGCAAGCGCCGCUUCAGCGUCCGCAUCUGGCGUAUCUUCACCGACUGUUUCAAUUCUUUGCCUGUUGCCGCCGUCAUCGACGAUAAGAUUCUAUGUAUGCACGGCGGCCUUUCGCCGGAGAUAGAUAGUUUGGAUCAGAUACGGGCGAUAGAGAGGCCGGUCGAUGUGCCGGACCAGGGGUUGUUGUGUGAUUUGCUGUGGGCCGAUCCGGAUAGGGAUAUAAAGGGCUGGGGGGAGAAUGAUAGGGGGGUUUCGUAUACGUUUGGAGCGGAUAAGGUUGUUGAGUUUUUGAAGAAGCAUGAUCUUGAUCUCAUUUGCCGCGCUCACCAGGUGGUGGAAGAUGGAUAUGAAUUCUUUGCAGACAGGCAGCUAGUUACCAUAUUCUCUGCACCAAACUACUGUGGAGAAUUCAACAAUGCAGGUGCCCUCAUGAAUGUUGAUGCAAGUUUGCUCUGCUCCUUCCAGAUUCUCAAGCCAUGGAGAGGAAAGCUUGGUUUUUUGGAAUAAUUUCCAUUCCAAAUUAAUGACGUGCGACGCUAGAUUCUCUAUCUCCAAACAGCUGUAUUACUUGCAUAUAAUUUUUUAACAAAAUUAAUCACAGAAGAUACAGAAAAAGUAGGACCCACAUGUGGACCGCAUAGGUGGAAACCACUCUGUGUCUCUUUUAAAAAAAAAUCUAUUUGCCCAUAAAAUUUAGUCAGAAUCAUACCCAAAAAAGGGACACGUGUUAUAAAUUCAAUUCUUGUAUUGUAGGUUUUACACUUGAAAUGAACGUCAAAUACACAAUUGCUUUUCCAAAUAUUUUUCUUGAUAAAUUUUCUAGUCUCUUCUAUGAUUGAUUGCGUGGAAAAAUAAUGUGCAAUUAUCGUUUUUAUCUCCAAGUUGAUCAAUUUCUGUCUCAAUACACUCCCAAUAGUUAGGCAUGUGAAGAUCUCAAAACAAAUGAAUCUCUUGAUGUAUGAUCCAAUAAUUAAGAGAGCAUUAAGACCGAGAAACAA